AUACCACACGUUUCAGAAGUUUGAACCCUAGUCGUGUCCCUUGUCCCAUAUCAGAGGGACUGAGUGUGUUAGUGUUACAGUCUCUUUAAAGGAAGCUGAAGGCUUCAAUCCGACUUCCUACCGCAUCGCCAUGAUUUCUGCUCUACACUGACAAGUAUGGAGUUCAGAGUCUGUGAUAUAUUUUGGUUUCUGAGUCUUCUUUUGAUUUUACUACGCCACUGCGUUCACUCCCAGGCUAAUGGCGAUUGCCCGGCUGACGGACGGACAUGGGUGCCCUUUGGCCAGAGCUGCUAUCACUUUGUCCAUGGAGAAGAGGAUGUUGCGAAACGUUACACCAUAGAGGAAGCAAAAGUUAUGUGCCGUGGCUUUGCCCUUCUGACUGUGCCCAGUUCUUCAGUAAAUGACUUUGUUGUUCAGUACAGCCCUGCGGUGUGGAAAAACAAUGUGAACAUCUGGCUAGGAAUAUAUUAUGACACUGACGAUGAUCAGUUUAAAUGGAAUGACGAAUCUGUUGUGAGCUUUACGAAUUGGGUGGAAGGGGGCUCAGCUGAUUGGGACAUACCUUUAAUGGACAAAUGUGUGGUGCUGUACUCCAACACUGGCAAGUGGCAGAACGUCAGCUGUACCAAGGGCCAUGAGAACGGAGUGGUGUGUGAAGCAGCCCAGAAGCCUGUUGUAAUUGCAAAAAAGAAUGCCAGUCCUCUACUCUCAGCACUCGUCAUUCUGAGUGUGAUAGCUAUUCUGGGAGUGUCUGCAGUUGUGUGGUUUUUCCACCAAAGGAGCAGCUCUGGUGCUGCACUACUUCCUUCUUUUGAGUACCAUCCUCCUUUUAGAUCGCCCUCGGCUGAUCAGACGUGUUUGGUGGAGGCUGAAGAACUCCAGGAAACGGCCUAAAGCCCAGAGUCCUGAGCAUUAACGACUUUAUUGUGCUUUCAGUUAUACCCCAUUAAAAAUUAAGUGACACUAUGGAAAACUAGUUACAUACUACAUGAUCAGCUGUUCUUCAUUAUAUAUACACACACCAGUUACCCAAAGUGAAAGGUUUCUCAGUAGCUCUGGGUCUUUUUGAGUGACCCAUCGUUUGUCGUUUUUUUUUUUUUAAGAUAUUUUUUUUGUGAUUAGUGGUUUUCCAUCUUGUUGUUACAUACAUAAUGGUUGCACCUUCCCUAAUCUCUUUGAUCUGAAUUGUUCUAAUUGUUAAGGUGUUUGUAAAGCUAUUUUUUUUUGAGGUGACAUUUAAAAUUUUCUUGAUCAUUGCACUUUCUGGAUGUCUUCUUUUCACAAUAGAAAGUGCCAAUAUUUUAAGCUGUUUGAUGCAAUCUUUACAAACAGAACAAAGAACGGUCCUGAUCACGCCAGGAAGCCUGAGAUUUAGAGAUGUCCUAUGAUUUAAUGAUAGGAAUUUCUUGAUUUAUUUUUUCCCCACAUGAUUUCUAGAUUGUAUGCUGCAUUUGUAAUAUUAGUAAUGUGAUUUAAGUGUCCUCUUAAGGUGAUGUGGUGCCUUACUGAAGCAAUCUGAAUGAAAUGAUCAGCACAGCAAAAAAAGUUAUUAUAGCAUAAUGAACAUUAAUGUCACUUUUAAGAAUUGCACUUUUCUGGUAAAUCUAUGCCUGUGUAUAGGAGAGUAUUGUAAUACAUUUUAAUUGCAAAUUUGUGUGUGUGUGUGUGUGUGUGUGUGUGUGUGUGUGUGUGUGUGUGUGUGUGUGUGUGUGUGUGUGUGUGUGCAUUCUACCUUGUUAACCUUUAAUGGAAGUCUUAUUGAUUAGAAGCUUGCAAAAGGUCAUUUAACAUUUUAAAGUUGCAGAUGUUUAAUAAAAAUCGUUGUUGGAGUUUUGUUCCUGUAUUAUCCAAUUCAGAGGUCAUUUUGAUGUAAGACACGAAAUACAGUUUGAUUUUUGUGUGUACA